AUGACUUCUGCGGGCUCCACGUUCUUCAUUAGCGGCGGCGUCACGGCGCCAACGAGCUUCACUUCCGUCGAAGGUUCUCAAUUUACGUCCUCGAACGACCCUUUUCCGACGACAAGCGCGUUAUCGGGCUCUCAGACGACGACAUCGGCUCCGGGAGACUCUACCGGAGCACCCAUCACAAGCGAUCCUACCUCCUUUCAUUCCUCAACAUCUCAUGUCGGUGCAACCUCUUCACUACCACCCGCCACACCGACCGUGGUGCAAAACGCGGCGAAAGGCGAUCCUGUAUGCAUAGGAGACGGGUUGGACGCACAGGCAGGAGGUCUUGUAGCUACCCUCAUUCUCCCGACCGUCAUCGGAAUACUCCUCUGGUUGCUGUUCGCGUUUCUUCGACCCCGGUUCCGUCAGCUAUACGCGUUGCGCGAAUGGUUUGUGGAGUCCGGGCUUCGUCCACGGCCACUCGGUGAUAAACUAUGGGCCUUUCUCUUCCCCCCUGUUCCAUUAGUCCCCGAAAUUGAACCAGACGUAUCCGACGCUGGCAGAUCGGUUGCAAGAGAUGCCGCGCUUUUCCCAUCGGACGAGCAACUCACUCAACGAUCGCUCUGGGUCGCAUUCCUCAUCGUGUUGGGCUGGUCGAUUCUUGCACUAGCAGGCGCGCUGCCCUUGUAUCUCGUGAAUACCAAUUGUUUGGCACAUACGGCCCCUCGCAAGGCCGGCACCGGUGUCUACUCGACCCUUCAGGAUCUGUCGCUCGUCCGACUCCUCCAACUAUAUGCUGAGGAACAUAACGACAAUCAUUCUGGGUUACUUCGACGUGCAUCCAGCAGCAGUGGCCUUUCCAAUGCCCGAAUCCGUAUCAUUGUUCUUACUGUGCUGGUCAUCGUCCUCGGAGUUCUUCCUGCUCUGUGGAAAAUCCUUCGCGAGUAUACGAAGCUUGUCGCCUAUCGUAAUGCCUGGUUAGAAACGCGAUGUGGCGGGCAGGAUAUGGCGUGGCUGAGCGCCCAACAAGCACCGGGGUUCUUGGGCUGGGGUGAGAAACGGCUUAAGGACUUUAUCACAAAGGCCGGUCUAAGCUCGGGCAUGGAGGGCAGCCGCGACAGUUCAAGGGAUGGUAGAAGAACAGUCGACGGUAGCAGGAAUGGGCCCAGGAGGCCAACCGAGGAGGAGCCGCUGACGGGACCUGAAGGUCAUGAAGCACCAGACGAUAAUGGUCCCGAAAUCGACAUUCAGAGCCUCUUCACCAUCAGCGAGACCGCACGCCUUGCGACGUUGAUCGAACAGCGAGACGAAAUAUUGGAAAACCUAGAAAUCGCGGAGACCAGAUAUAUACAAUCGUUCCGGGUGUCGACGCCAGAUCCUAGCAUCGCUGAUUACCUGUCAACUGUCGGGGAGGGAGAUGAGGGAGGCGAAGGCCGGCCAUAUAUCAGCAGACCGAAGCCUCUGGGGGUCAGCACAUCCGCUGCAAGGCGACGACCUCCUGGUGCACGCGCGAGAGCCCGCAACCCGGCCUACGGCUCAUCGUCACUCACACCAACCUCCUACCUCUUGCCUUCCCAGUAUUACAAACUUCGUCGCGUGGAAGGCGUCAGUGGCGGCACAUUCACUGGCAGCGACCGUCAUCUUGAGCCCAGCCUCUCUGAUUCGUGGAAUCAGCGCGUCGUCGGUAGUCGGUUCCAAGAAAUCUCGAGAGCCUCUUCCAUAUUUGGUCGCCUUCAGCUUGGUCAGCGACUCGGCUUGGAUAAGGAGGGCACAUUGAGUCCCACCGUACCUCUUAGCGAGUUCAGCAUACCAGACCCAUCUCGAUAUGGACCCAACCAUCCCGUCGAAAGUUCCGGACCAUCGGAGGCCCCUAAUGACAGGGAGAAAACGCUCGCCGAUAUACCGGAGGGCAGUCAAUCCGCUCAAAGGACGACACGUACGGAUGAUGAGGAAUGGGUAGAUCUCAUGACGGAAUACCCGCAAAACGCCAUGCCGGAUCCCAACGCAUCGCAAGGGGAAGAACCUCAGGGGGAGGUGGAUGAGAUGGGCGCUGUCCGUCGUCGCCCCCUCAUUUGGGACUAUCCUCCCUCGGAACGACGAGAUACCUUUCCUAUGCGGGCGAACGUUGAUUCUACGACCGGCGAUCCUCGCAUCCCUCCGCCUCACUUGCGACUGCAGGCUCAAGGGCCUUUUGUGCGUCCGUUGACCGGCCUUGACCACGAAGACCUGGGGCAUGUGUAUGCCGACAUAAGCCUAUGGCGAUCCAAGCUAAAGGCGAUCAAUGCCGAUAUUCAGGUUGCUCAAAGCGACGGGUACGCGGACAUCGCGGAAGGCGCGAGGAUCAAGGGCUGGCUGAUCGUCGGACGCGGGUUGCACUUCAUUCCUGGUAUACAGAUGAUCGAAGGCCGGGCGAAGGAGGACGUGCGUUGGGAUAAACUGCAGUACGAGACUGGUAUGAUCGAGAAGGUGGUAAUGUGGUCGGCGAAUGCGAUGAUGGCCAUACUACUCGCCGCUGCCCUCAUGUGUGUCGCCGGCCUCGCGCUGGGCACGGCCCCAAACGUCGGAGAUGUUCUGCCGUUCUUGAACGGUCUGACAACGCGCAAUGAUUGGAUAGCUGGCCUUGCGACUGGCCUGGCUCCAGCAGUCGCCGGGUCUCUCUUUAUUGCGGUUGCCCUGCUCAUGGUGAACACGUGUGGCCAUCUUGGUGGGGAUGUGUCUAUUUCUGGACUAGAAUUGACCCUCUUCAAAACGACAUUCUACAUCUUAGCCGUCGUCUGCGCUAUUUGGCUCAUGGCUAUCGGUGCAGUGCUUUUUGCCUUCGAUGCGCUCCGAUCCGGUAGCGGCUCCACGGCUACUAUGGGACUGGCUAACGGCUCGAUCUAUAUGAGCGCUCUCGCUCUCGAUCUCGUUGUCAGCGUGGCGAUCAUAUCACCCGCCCUCCUUCUCCUGCAACCCUGGAGGUUAUACAAACUUCUCCAAGCAGAAAGGGCCUCUAUCACUCCCCGCCAGCGUUUCCGCGCUAUUUAUCCUAGAUCAUACAAUCCGUCAUUUGCUACCGCGUGUUGCGUGCUUGCUAUCAUCUUUGCUUCAACCUUUGCGCUCCUUUUCCCUCUGAUUGGACCUGCUGUUGUACUGCUACUGAUUCUUACGCUGAUCGCUCAUCGAUAUCUCAUUGGCUACGUAUACGCACGUACCCAUUCGCAAACUGGGGGACUUCUUCAGAUCUGGCUUCUUCGGCGCUUCGGAACGCUCGUCGCGUUUCAACCCCUUCUGCUCGGCUUCAUCCUCCUCACGAGAAGGUUAUGGGAGGAAGGCGGCGUCCUCAUCGGCACGGGCCUCCUAGUUGUUAUCGCCGUCGAGGCAUACACGACAUCGAAAUCGCGUCGGCGUGGCGUCAACUCACUCAGUCCCGUCACGCGCAAUUCGCUCGAUACGUUUGUAAAGAGUGCCCGUCCCACGAAGCGACGGAACGUGGAUGACGAGAGCACGGAUCUCGUUAGCUCUCUGGAGCCGGGACCCAGGAUGAGGGGAAGCAUGGCCAGUGUGCUGGAAAUGAUGUCCGUGACGCUGGCGGUGAUGCCGAGCACGGCUCGCAGGCAAGGGCCUGUGCCGCUACCGACCGAAACGCUGGACGACCUGACCGCCACGGAAAGGGCGGCGCGUACGCACCCUGAAGCGCCUCCACAUCUUCCUCCGCUGCCGUUCGCGGACCACGCGCAGGAGAUGUCCGGUAUCCUCUACGCGCCUGAGCUCGUUGCGCCGACGCCAAUCAUAUGGCUCCCUAAUGAUUCCGGGGGCGUGGCGCACUCGGAAGCAUACGAUUUACAACGUUAUCACGGCCUUCAGGUUACACUGGCCGUCAUCUCCGAGAGAGAUGCGAGGCGAGACAUCUCGCGCUCGGCUAGCAGAGCGUCGCGGCGGUAGAAAUCUUGCGUAAAUUCUCUGUGGACUUCUUUGUGCGUGGGCGGUCGCCGCGGACUACCCUGACUACUUAUCUCAUACCCUCCAUCUAUUGGCCUGCAUACUAGACGUUCGUGUCUCAACUACUAAUGGCUAUAUACCCC